AUGGCCUCAGCCCUCGCUAUCGGAACAGGUGUUGCGGCCGCUGCCUUUCUUGGCCGCGCAGGACUCGUCGCAUGGCGGCGCUCUCGGGGAGGCGUCGGAGCGCUGGGCAAAGCAUUUUACAAAGGCGGUUUUGAGCCGCGCAUGACCAAGAAAGAAGCUACUCUAAUACUAUCUCUCAAUGAACGAGCCAUCACGAAGGAAAAAGUCCGAAAAGCCCACCGGACGCUCAUGCUUCUCAACCAUCCCGAUCGAGGCGGAAGCCCUUAUUUAGCUACCAAAGUCAACGAAGCAAAAGAAUUCUUGGAAAAGAAUAGUUAG